AUGGCGAACCCCCUCAUUGAUCUCGCGGCCCAGAUCACAGACACAGCGAAAGUAAUUAACAAUUUCAUCACUGCCAAUGGUUAUCCACAACCUUCCUUCGAUGCAGAUGCGCCGCAUGCGUUUCCGUCGGCUCCCAAGGAGAUUCUGGAUGCGCGUCGACAACUGCUAGAUGCAUCGCAAGCCAUUCGAGAGUUGGUAAUUGGGCCAGCAGAGUAUCUGCGCUGGUUUUCAUGCGGGUCCCAUGACAUGUCCAGUCUUCGGUGGAUUUAUCAUUUCAAAAUUGCAGAAGCGGUGCCGCUUGACCAUGGAGUCACUUUUACACAGAUAGCCAAGGAACGAAGCGUUGAUGAGGAUUUGCUAAAACGCAUAUUGCGGCAUGCGAUGACCAACCGCAUUUUCCAUGAACCAGAACCAGGCCUUGUAACCCAUACCUCUGUAUCGGCUCUGUUGGCGCGCUCAAAAUCGUUAAAUGACUGGGUUGGCUACACCUGUGACGAGACCUACCCAGCCUCAGCGAAACUUGUAGAGGCGCACGAAAAGUAUGGGAAUAGCCAGAAGCCGAAUGAGUCGGCUUACAGUAUAGCCUUCGACACAGAUGAGCCGAUGUUCGCUCAUCUCACGAAAUAUCCUGACCGUGAACAGCGAUUCGCCAACACCAUGGUCGAGAUGACAUCAACUGAAGGAUAUGGGGUUCAUCAUUUAGUGGGAGGAUACAAUUGGGAAGAUAUUGGAAAAUCAACUGUCGUUGAUGUCGGUGGCUCAACCGGACAUGCAUGCAUUGCUAUUGCGGAAAAGAAGGCCCCGGACGCGACUUUCAUUGUCCAGGAUCUGUCAACUGUUAUCGAACAAGGAAAGAAAACGCUUCCACACGCACUUGAAUCUCGAAUUGCAUUCCAGGAGCAUGACUUUUUUACACCGCAAAAAGUCUCCGCCGACAUAUACCUUUUAAGAUUUAUUUUACACGAUCAUCCCGACGCUAUCAGUCAAGAAAUUGUCAAGAAUUUAAUUCCUGCGAUGAAGAAUGGAUCUCGCCUGAUUGUAAACGAUGGAGUGCUUGCAGAGCCAAACACGUUGCCUACGGCGGAAGAGCGGAUUUCAAGAAUUAUGGACAUGGAAAUGAUGACAACAUUUAAUGCACGAGAGCGACCGCUAGCAGAUUGGGUGAAGUUGUGCUCCGGGGCCGACAGCCGACUCAAACUGCACUCCGUCUCGAGACCUGAAGGGAGUGUACUCUCCAUUCUCGAAUUUGUGUUCGAUGAUCAGUAG